CAGUCGGUCGGACGUUUAGUUUCGCGACAACCUCAACGGUGAGCAGUCGAGUUUCCGGAAUAGUCUUCCAUCAGGACAUUGGCGACGUGCGAAGAAGUCCUUUGAUAUUGUGCAUCGUUUUGGACCAGUGAUUUAUCGUCACUUGUGAACAAGAUUGGGGGAUCGAAAGAUAUGAGCACUUUUCUGUGAUAAGAAGAAGCACAACUUCUCGCGUUUGGAAUAAUGUGGUGAUCGGAACCAGUCGGGUCAUUAGUGCCCUAGCAAUAUAGAUAGAUGGUGACAGACCGCUUGUUGACAAAUUUGAAUUUACGAGUUUAAAUUGAAUUUACGUGGGAUUACCGUUCUCGGUAGGCUCAAGGAACAUCAGCGCAUCCAUCAAAUUGCGCUGCGGUCGUUGGCGGUUGAUAAAGUGUGCUAAGUGUACCGGUUCUAUUUGUAGUGAGAUUCCUGAACGGAGAAAUGAUAGUUGAAUGGUGUUGAAAUUGAGGGAAAGGGUUUCACAAUUGGAGCAUCUUGGAUACAAGCUGAAGGUCAGGAUGAAUACACUGUGAAGAUACAUUCAUGAAUACAUCUGAGGAAGUGAAUGAUAAAGUGAAUCAUUGUCGAAUUAUCAUAUAGGUAUACCAUUAGAACAAGCUCCCCCCAAUACGUAUGAUCGUGGAAAGGUGAUUUUAAUUGCACGUGCGGUUCCCACGAGAGGCUGUAAAAUGAGUGAUGAUAUAGCAAAGGGUAAGCAGCUGCAGCAGCAACAGCAGCUGGAUAAAUUGGAACAAAAGCUUGUGAAGGAGUCGCAAACGAAACCAAAGAAGAAAAGUACAAUUAUGGAUAAAUUAAGAUACUUUAAGAACAACAUCACUGUGGAGCCGAUAGUGGCAUGCUACAUCAUGCCCAGCGUGUUGGCCGGACUGGCCACGCAGAAUCUCAAUCUGGAGAAAGCUUGCCGAGUGAAUCUAAACUACGGGGAUGUGGUAUGCGAUGCGCUAACCAGGCGAGAGACUGCCAAUUUCACUACGGAGGAAGCGGUGGUGCAACAGAUGGUGGCCCGAAUGGCCGGCUGGAAAACCGUCCUACAGAGCUCGUUACCCUGCAUGUUGAUUCUGUUCUGGGGUGCGUGGAGUGAUCGCCAUGGCCGCCGGAAGCCCUGCAUUCUGAUACCGAUCGUUGGUGAAUUUAUGACGGCCGUUGGUCUCAUCCUGUGCACCUACUUCGAGUGGCUCCCAAUGGAGGUGGCCGCCGUUACGGAAGCUCUGUUCCCGGCGCUGACCGGCGGUUGGUUCACGAUGUUUAUGGGCGUCUUCAGCUACAUUGCGGACGUGACCAGCACCGAGGAGCGGACCCUGCGCAUCGGUAUCGUCAACCUGUGCUUCUCGUUGGGUGUUCCCAUUGGGAUGGCUUUCAGUGGAGUUCUGCUCAAACUAAUUGGCUUCUAUGGAAUCUUCUCCAUUUCGGCAACCCUAUAUCUGAUUGCGUUCUUCUACGGGGUGUUCUUCCUGCCGGAGGUGGACAUCGUCAGCGAAAAGGACCGCCUCAAGGCCAAGGAGAAGAACAUGCUGCUCGAUUUCUUCGACAAGGAACACGUGAUGGAAACCUUCCGGGUGGCAUUCAAGAAGGGCGAACGCCAACGCCGUCUCCGGGUGAUAAUGCUGAUGAUUGUGGUGAUGGUCGUCAUCGGGCCGCUACACGGAGAAAUGUCGGUCAUUUAUCUGUUUACGCGGUACAAAUUCAACUGGAGCGAGGUGGAGUUCAGUUUCUUCUCGAGCUACGGAAUGCUGACCGGAUUGAUCGGAACCAUCUUCUCGGUGGGUGUGUUUUCGCAUCUGCUGAACAUCGACGAUGCCCUCAUCGGGGUGAUGUCUUGUAUGUCGAAGAUCCUUUCCAGCUUUGUUUAUGCAUUUGCUGCGACCACGUGGCAGCUUUAUCUAGGCCCUAUCGUGGAGAUGCUCAACGGAACGUCUUUCAUAUCGAUGCGUUCGAUCGCCACCAAACUGGUGGCGAGUAACGAGCUCGGUAAGGUGAAUUCGUUGUUCGGUGUAGCAGAAGCACUGAUGCCAUUGGUGUACGCCCCGAUGUAUACCACCGUGUACGCAGCGACGAUAGAUGUGCUGCCGGGUGCGUUCUUCCUGCUGGGUGGUGCACUGACAUCACCGGCUGUCAUUAUCUUCCUCUGGAUGUAUCGCGUGCAUCGUCGAGAGGCAAUAGAAUUGGCUGAAGAGACACGCCUUCAAGAUAAGUACAAACAACUGUCACCGGAUGGACUGGAAAUUGUUGCCAGCAGUGGCGAUAGCAUUAUGAACGGAACUGUGGUUGGAGCGGCACCAUCGGCCCCGAGUACCCGGGUGCCAGAGUUGGAAUCACCGGUCCUGAGAGGAAGACUGGGUUCCGUUAGAAAGUCUUCUCUGCCCGGGUUGGCCGGUCUCGCCAACCCGGCUUUCGCGCACCCAGCAGAGGGUGAAGUCAUACACGAGACGAUCGAAAUUAUGAAGGAUCUUCCAGUGCUGCACGUGGAACAUUGUAAGCUGUGAUGAACGAUGACGAACGAUUUUACGAUCAAAGUUAUUAGUCGUUAAUAUUGUGGUAUUAUAUAUUGAAAACGAACCUCCUUCUAGAAUAUGCUAAGGAUGUUAAUGUAUGUAUUUUUAUUAUCGUAGUCGAUAUUAAAUAAACAUGACUUUUACACUAA